CGCAUGCGCUGUCAGCCAUACAAUGGCGGAAACACAUGAUUCAACAGUGGGAGCACAUGCAACAAACAGUCCAAUUUUAACCCACAAUUCCGAAAUGUUCACAUGAAAAAAAACCAGGUCAUUGAUUUUACCCAGCAAGCAGGAUGGGAAAGAGCACUUCAUUUUAUGUGAAUGACUUCUUAGCUGGAGCUAUUGCAGGAUCUGUGGGAGUAAUUGCUGGUCACCCCUUCGACACUGUGAAGGUCCAGUUACAAGUUCAAUCCGCAGAGAACAAGUAUAAAUCUUUAUUGGAUUGUGUGUCCACAGUGAGGAAACAGAAACUUUCGACAGGGUUUUUUCGUGGACUUUCCUGGCCCAUGCUUUCUGCUGGAGUCAUCAACUCAGUGUACUUUGGAGUGUACGGAUACACAUUGAAGGCGCUUGGUGGAAGCAAGGAAGAAAAUAAUGCACCACACUACCUCAAGAUACUGUUUGCAGGCUGUUUAGGGGGCGUGGUCCAGUUGAUUCCAGCAUGCCCAGCAGAGGUCAUUAAGGUGGUUUUACAGUCACAAAUACCACAUGGCAACGUCCAAGGAGCCAAGUUUUACAAAGGUCCGUUGGAGGGUGCUGCAGACAUCCUGAGACUACAUGGCUUAAGAGGAAUGUACCGAGGUCUGCCCACACAAUGUUUCAGGGACAUUCCUGCCAAUGGGAUCUACUUCCUGGUGUUUGAGUUUCUCACAUUCAACGGAUCUAGCAAACUACCUUUUAUACCAUCUGCUGUACAAAAUUUCUUUGCAGGUGGUAUAGCUGGUGUGCUCAGUUGGGUGGCAAUUAUGCCAUUCGAUGUGGUGAAAAGCCGUCUCCAGGCUGACUGUGAAGGUAAGCAUUUCAAAGGGUUCCUAGACUGCGCCCGGAAGUGCUACAGACAAGAAGGUCUGUCCGUGUUUUACCGGGGUCUGUCUAUGGUGGCCCUGAGAGCAUUUCCAGUUAAUGCUGUCACAUUCAUGUUGUAUGCUGAAAGUAUGAAACUCCUUGGAGAGGAGGUCACUUAUACAUAAUCCAACUUAUAAUAAUAAAAAAUCAUAUUUGAGGUCUACUAAGUAAUAUUUCAAUAGUAAUAUUCAACUAUUGUCAUUCCUGAAACACCAUAUGCAGUCGAUGAAUAAAUGAUUAUUUGUCAAUAUAUUUCUCUAAAAAGGUACACCACAAAGGGUAAUUAUAAACGCUACAGCAUAAUGAUUUUCUAAAAUGUUUCAUCAAUUUACAACAAAACUUUUAACACACCAAAGUAUUUAUAUAGAGGAUCUCAGAAAAAUGACAAGUAUUAUGGAACAAGUUUCAAAUGGAAUAGAAACGAGAUUAAGAAUCUUAACUAGACCCCAAUGUAAAAAUAUCCUGAAACAGCUUCUGAUGUUGUUCCCAUCCCAUGGAGAUUGCCAAGUUGGAAAUUUCCCAAAACAGCUUUUUUCCUU